UUCCAAACCCAGAAAACAGUUCAAGAGAUAAGAACAGAUGAGCUCAAAUACAGUGAAAAGCAGGCAAGAAGCGAAAAAAACCUGAAGAAGCAAAAAAUUUACAGAGAUAUUUUUAAAAUCCCUCUAGCAAAGGGGAUCAAAACCACCUGUCUAUUAGUAGUAGCAGUCAUAUAA